AUGAUAGAUGCUGAAAUAUUGCCAGAGCUGGCUUUACGUUGUAAUGCAUGGGAGUUGUUUCUUGGAAUGCCUAUCCAGCAAGCCUUCGAAAUAUUCAAAAAAUGCGACGCUUAUAUUUCUAACAUCGACUUUUGGUAUUCAGAAAUUUCUCCCUUCAAAUUUAACAUGCUUCUUCAUCUUCCUAACGAUGGUAUGAAACUGCAUUUUGAUCCUAAGUGGCAGAGACUCAUGGUUGGUUUUACAAUUUCAUGCCUGUUCUCCAUCUGUAGUGGAUCUUUGUGUAAUUACAUGAGAACGCAUGUCCUAAUCUUUUCUUUGAAUUUCCCACUUCUAGUACCCGAUGAUAAGCCAGGAACUUUCCGCCUCUGUUACCGCGGAAUCACCUUCAUUUUUUCCAGCGAUUCGGAAUUCAAUCUUGAUGAAAAAGACAGCACUGUAGCCGUACUUCCUCCAACAGGCGCGCCGUCCUCAAUCACCGAUGCGUCGGUGGCCAACUCCGAGGAGCAACUUAUUGUGAAGCGGAUCUACGUUUUUCUUGGGCAAAAUGUUACCGAGGCCAAGGUUCCUCUGCAACUUCCAGCAGGAUGCUUCCAUGGCAACGUCUUCUUAGAACGCCUCCUUGUCUCCCGUUCGAAGGAUCGCACUGACAAGCUCUGCUUCGAUCUCGUCUACCAAGGCAAGUGCCAAAAGGCAUCAGUGUCUUGGCCAAUCAACUGUUCAGGAUUUUCGCGCCACUUUCGUUCUGUGCGCCUAGUCGAGAGGCCGGCCGUUCGACGCUACUCGUCGUCCGUCGCCUUCGGAGACAGUGUCCAGGACGUUCUCUCCGCCUUGGGGUCACCAAGCCGCAUCUUCUACAAGACAGAGGACAAGAUGAAGAUUCACUUGCCGCAGCCCUACCGUCAGUCACGGCAGAAGCACUCCAACUUCUUCUACAACUACUUUUCUCUCGGCGUGGAUGUCCUCUUCGACGCCAGGACGAAGCGUGCGAUCAGCUUCGUCCUGCACACCAACCAGCCCGGGGAAUACACUUUCAACACGUACUACCGUUGCAUGUUCGAAAUCCCCCUCACCGGUCGCUCGGACGACGGCGAGCCCAAGUCGGUUGUCGUCACGCCGUUCGUCAAGGUGCAGUCGCUUCUGCGUGGUGUCAUUGAUGACGAGCCAGUUGUAAUUCACCGAGAGACGAAGUCACGCAAGAAUCCCUUUGGCGUCACCAAUGCCUACUGCUACCACGACCUGAUCUUUGAGGUGCUGCCCCAGAACGGCUACCUGACCUCAGUGACCAUCUAUUCCCUGCCCGACAGCAGCGGCGCCCACUAG